AGCAUGAAUCAUGUCUUCAACGCUGUUCCUCAGGUGGGGCAGAGCAAGUUGAGACAUCCAUUUCUUGUCUAUAUCCUCGAUGGUGGGUAGAUGAACAGACUGGCAGGAGCUCUCCAUUUUGGCACCCAUUGCGACAUGCUGCGAUGGUGGCCAUUGAAUCAUCUGCUGCCAGGGACAGACGCUUAUUCCCUGAUGUGAGAUACAAAGAUGAAGCUACCAAAGAGAAGUUUAUUCUAUCUCCUGCAAAGUCUCAAGCAAAAAGACGGAAAACUGAUGGCAACGACGUCGACAAUGAUGAAAAAGAUGAUACUGCUCAUGGAAAUAGUGAUCUCUCUAGUAGACCGUAUUUAUGCACUGGUAAUGACAUCUACCUUGUUUGGGAACCAUGCACAAUGUAAGUUAAACAAAUCAGCUGCAACUAUCUGGUUUGGUGCAUGUGCAGCCUAUUUGACUUAUUACCCUUUGCCCAAAAUAUCUGAGAUUCUGCUUUGGACAGUACUGGUUCUUUGCAAAUGCACUUUGCAUUCCUGUCCUCUUUGUAGAUUAGAUAUUUUUCACAUUUGAGAUCUGGAGAAAAUAAAAUGGAGAGUUGCAAUUCAUUUGGCGUAACAAGUGUUAAGACUUGUAG